AAGACACCCGAGACAUCAAUAUACCGGCUCGCCAUCGCUUAUUCUUAACCUCAUGCGGUGAAAUGGUCAUCGUAUCUAAGAAACUACAACCAAGUGGCUCGCUCUACCUCCUCUCCGGCUGAUUAACGUUACUUGUCGUCAUUACGCAGUCAAUGUUAAGAGUGUGUGAGCUCUCGUUAGUGCGCGUCUAUGUCAGUGGAGCUCUAGAGGUGGACUCUCAGUUAGUCUGUUUACUGUGGGAACACUGAGGGGGACGCCUUUAAUAAAGCCUUCAUCUUCAUAACUGACACACAGAAGGACACUGACACGAUGUUCGAAACCAGAGGAAUCCCCUUUAUGUUGCUUGACAUCGCGUGCCUAAUACUCGCCGGCCUCCCGCUUGCAGCGUUUAACCUGGGUAAAAUCAAACCGUAUCAGCGGGGCUUUUUCUGUAAUGACGAGAGCAUCAGCUACCCCUUCCACACCAGCACCGUCACCUCCUCUGUGCUCUACACAGUGGGCUUCACACUUCCCAUAUGUAGUAUGAUCAUAGGGGAGUGCCUUUCAGUCUAUCUAAACCGCAUCAAAUCAAAGUCUUUCUGCAACAGUUAUGUGGCCUGUAUCUAUAAGGCCAUUGGGACCUUUGUGUUUGGUGCCGCCAUGAGCCAAUCACUCACUGACAUUGCCAAGUAUUCAAUUGGCCGACUGCGGCCACACUUCCUGGAUGUGUGCAAACCGGAUUGGACGAAGAUCAACUGCACAGGAGGGGCUUACAUCGAGGACUUCAUCUGUACUGGGGACACAACCAAGGUCAAUGAGGGAAGACUCUCGUUCUACUCGGGUCACUCCUCUUUCUCCAUGUACUGCAUGUUGUUCCUGGCACUUUAUCUUCAAGCAAGAAUGCAAGCUGAAUGGGCACGACUCCUUCGACCCACACUCCAGUUCUUCCUGAUCGCCGCCUCCGUCUAUACAGGACUGUCCCGUGUGUCAGACUACAAACACCACUGGAGUGAUGUACUCACAGGCCUCAUACAAGGAGCCAUCGUGGCUUUACUAGUGGUUUUCUGUGUGUCGGAUUUCUUCAAAAAGAAAGUGGAACCUCAGAAAGAGGCCGAGAUCCCACACACCACCUUACAAGAGACGCCGACGAAUGGAAAUCAUUACGAGAACCCAAGCUAAGCUGACGAAUGGAAGGGUUUUCGGCGUGCACCCACUAUGAGGGCAGACCACUAGGGUGGAAACCUGUGAAUGUAACCUUGCUUUUCAAUGUUCUCCAGACACCCCUUUCUGGGGGUCCGUUUAUGGACGCUGUCCCACGUUGCCUUGGCUGGACUGCUUCUGCUGCUACCACAGCUUCCUGUGUAUCUCCAAAAACUAAUAUAAGUGUACCUCUAUUAUGCCACAAAAGAAAACACUUUUUUUUUUAUCUGUAUGAAAAAAAAGAAUCACUAUACAGACUUUUUUUUAUUAAAAUUGUUAAAACUGUAUGUACAAUAUAUUGCGCUUUUAUGAUGAAAACCAGAACCCAUUAUGCUCGUUGAACACAAAUAAAACAAUUAUGUUCCAUGUA